AUGGAGGAAUUGAAUGAUCAUCCUAUGAGGAAACAUAGAGAGAAAAGAGAAAAUCUUAGAAAAUGUGGAGACAGAGGACAGUGGAUCAGCAAAGCAGAAUAUGUUCUGGUUGUUGCAGGAAGUAUUGUUGGUCUGGGAAAUGUGUGGAGGUUUCCUUACCUCUGCUACAGGAAUGGUGGAGGUGCCUUCCUGGUGCCAUACAGCCUGUUAGCAGUUGUUUGUGGGAUUCCUCUGUUUCUGCUUGAGUCUUCAGUUGGUCAGUGCACCCAGGAAGGGUUUAUCACUUGCUGGACAAAACUCUGUCCUUUAGCACAAGGAAUUGGAGUUGGACAGCUGAUGAUUUCACUUUGUUUCUUCAUCUAUAUCUUGAUUGAAGCUUGGGCUUUCUUUUACCUCAUGUUUUCAUUUAGGUCCCAUCUGCCCUGGGCAAGCUGUAACAACACCUGGAACACAGUUAACUGCAUUGGUAUGACCUCCACUUCUCCUAAUGUGACUGAAAAUCCAACCAACUCCUCCUCUGCUGCCACUGAGUUCUGGGAACGUCGGGUUCUAGGCAUGUCUGCAGGUAUUGAGGACCUGGGCAAUGUAAGAUGGGAGCUCGCUGUUUGUCUUCUGGCCUGCUGGGUGUUGUGUUAUUUCAGCAUCUGGAAAGGUGUCAGAUCCUCUGGAAAGAUUGCUUACUUUACAGCCACAUUCCCCUAUUUGAUGCUCCUGGUAUUACUAAUAAGGGGGUUGACCUUACCUGGAGCUUGGCAAGGGAUCUACUACUACCUGCUUCCUGAUGUAAAACGUCUGGCUAAUCUAGAGGUCUGGAUAGAGGCAGGGUCACAAAUAUUUUUCUCCUACAGCCUAACUGCAGGAACACUUAAUGUCUUGGGAAGCUACAAUGAGUACAAUAAUGACUGUUACAAGGACUGCUUUUGGCUAUGUCUGCUAAACAGUGGAACAAGUUUUGUUGCUGGAUUUGUUGUCUUCUCUGUAUUGGGAUUUAUGGCUCAGAAACAGGGUGUGACGGUUGACAGAGUGGUUGAGUCAGGUCCAGGUUUGGCCUUCAUUGCUUACCCUCAGGCUGCAGCCAUGAUGCCUUUACCCCAGUUCUGGAGUUUCUGCUUCUUCCUGAUGCUGAUUCUGCUCACAGUUGACACACAUUUUGUUAUAGUGGAGAGCUUCAUCACCACAGUGACUGAUUUAUUUCCAAAGUUGUUUCGUGUGCCGGUGAAGCACGAGCUCUUUGUCCUGCUCAUCUGUUUAUUGAGCUUCUUUGUACAUCUGAUUUUAGUUACUGAGGGUGGAAUUUACAUCUUCCAACUUAUAGAUUUUUUUGGUUCUACCAGAGUCUGCCAGAAUUUCAUGGCAAUAUGUGAAUGUCUCGCUGUGGGUUGGAUAAUUGGUAAGUAUAAAUUUUUUAACAUUGUUGAAGACAUGACAGGGAAGAGGCCAUCAGUUUUCUUUAAAGUAUGCUGGAAAUUUGUCAUUCCUCUCCUUUCAUUGAUUUCCCUCAUCUUGUAUCUGGUUGAUUACCAACACCUAAAGAUCAAUGAUUGGUACGUUUACCCUGACUGGUCGUAUGCACUGGGGUGGACCCUGACGCUUUCCUCUGUUGCAAUGGUGCCUCUGUGGGCAGCUGGAAAGCUGUGUGUUACCAGAGGAUCCUUCAGACAGAGAUUGUCCAUCCUUUGUUGCCCUGCUGAUAAUCCGGUCCAACAGAGAAGAGAGGGAAUUGAAACAAGAGAAGAGAAGUGGGAAAAUCUGCAGACAUCUACAGAAGAAACGUAACCUGCAGAAUCAAAAUUAGUGAAUUUCUUUUUUUUAUUAUUUUGUGGCUCUAAAUGAUUUUAUUUGUAAGUUGAACGACAGGAAAUGGAGUGGAGUGUGAGGGGAAGACAUGCAGCAAAGGUGAAGACAGCCGGGACUUGCACCCAUGAUGACCGCAUAAAGGACUGUAGCCUCCAUACAUGGGUCGCGCGCUGUACCCCUGCACCACCAUCACGCCCAAUUUUUUGUGAAUUUCUUCUAAAUUAUCUCCUGUUGAUCAUUGAAAGUCAUUUGUGUUUAACUUGGACACAGUAAUCUCUGGGAACUUGAGUUUUGGGAGUAUUUUUUGACAUUUUUUAAACAGUCAAUGAACUGAAUUAACUAAUUAAAACCCAUUGACUAAAAACUGUGAUUACCUGCAUGUCUAGCUUUAACAGGGUCAACUGCUUGUUAUUUAAAAAAAUUAUCUCAAUCAAAAACUAAAUAUGAAUUAAUGUUUUGGUUUCCUGCUGAUUUCAGAGCACCCAUUUUCAAUCAAACUGUGUACUCUAUGGAAAACCAACUUUUCUCUUCCUGAAAGUUUUUUUGGGGGCAACACUAAUGUUCAGAGGCCAGCUUCAUGGCUUGGACUGGACUUUAUUGUUCUUGUAGUACUUAGCGUUAUUAUUGACUAGAAUAAAUAGUUACAUCAAAUUCCAUUCUUUCUAUCCCUCGUCUUUUUUUUUCCUGUUGCUUUCCCUCUCCAUUUUCUUCUUCUCGAUCCCUUUCCUUGUUUAUUGGUCGUUUCUUUCUUUCUUUUCAUUUCUUCUUUCUUUUCUUCUUCUUUUUACAACCCCCCUUCCAUCGGACAGACUCCAAACGCCUGAGUCUCCAUAAAAAUAGAAAGAAAGCAUGACAAACAAUAAGAUGUUAUUUAAAUUAUUGUACCUAGUUUUUUUUUUUAUCAUAUUUUGACUUAAAAUACAUAUGUCUUAGUUUGGUACUGUAUUUUUACUGAGUUUAAUCUACAUUUGGAAUUAUUAUUUUGGAAUUAUUAUGUAAGUGUUAUUAAAACACUUACAGCAAUAAUGGCUUUUGUUAAGUCAAAACUCACUUAUUCAUUAAUUGUUUUCUUAUUCAGAAGACCUUCCUCGUUGACGCUACAUAAGAAGGAUAUGGUUAUGUUGUCAUCUCUUUGCACUAAGUCUCAUUGAGGCCCAGCGCCUAAUGCUUUCACAAUUAUAAGUCUUCAGUUCAAGCUACAUGACUGAAAUGAGCGAGACACAGCUGUCGACUAAGAGGCUUAGCUGGAUGCUGAGCUGCAUCAUACACGG